AUGCCCACGUCCGAGAACACAGGCGACUUUUACGUAUGCCACUUCGUUGAUGUGGCGUCACAGUAUAUCUUGCUCUAUCCUUCAAAGGACAAAAGUACGCAGACCGUGGCAGAAGCUACCUGUCCUGAUACUUGGCUGGAUGAGAUGGCAACCAAGAUAUUUGUUCUUUGGGGAGAUCUAAGAAGAGAGUACGGUAGUUUCUGGUCAGAACAGGGUAGGAGCGGGCACAAUGCGCCCAGCCGUUUGUGCUUUGCUAAAAACAAGUAUCAGAUGCUAUUUUUCCUGUAUGUAGAAGAGGCAGAGAAUCUAACAAUGUUUGAACAUAUGACAUAUCCUUUGAUACCAUUCGGCCUAUCGACUGCCUGUACAACAAACCCAAGUACAACCGAGGCUGAUAUUGAAGGUACGAAGACCAGCACUAUAAGGAAACCAAGUAAGUCAGCACAAAAGCCUGAGUCUUUAGAAUUAUAUCUGAACAAGGUAAAGGCGUAUAUAGAUAGAACUCAGAAUACACCAGCUAUAACCCCACAUUCCAGUGCAAAUCGCAUGAAUACCGCGGACGAAACUCGGUUUUCAAUCGAUAUCAUACAUGGAAUAAAUAGAUUGAAGGAUGAACUAGAAACGCCACGUAAUGAGACGCGUAGUGAUAUGAUAAAUAAGAUUAUAGCCAAAUUAGAGAAGGAUUUAGAAGAUCGUGGCGAAUGA